AUGACAACGGCGACAAUCGAAAUGCUAACGACGGCAACCACGACGACGAUGACGCCUGGGACGGGCAACUCGGUGGCGUCCGUUGCCAGUACGGCAGUGGCCGCCAGCAGCAGUGGUGGUAGCGGUGGUUACGGCGGCGGCUUGGAGGACACGAUGCGUCACCCGGCGGUUUCGAUGGACUACAGCAAUCUGUCCGGCGUGGGGCCGCUGCUCGAGGAGCUGGACGGAGCGAACGUAACGACCGUGUCGCAGCACAGUAACGAUUCCAUGGAGCGAAUCGCCGGGGGAAUUUCCCAACAACCCGGCGGCGGCGGCGCACCGAUGCACGUAUCGGGCCACCACCAGAAGGGCCACUCACGGGGGAGCAGUGCACCGCUGGCGUACGAUCGUAUCACGACGAAGAUCGCCUGCACAAAGGAGCUGAUCCGCAAGGAGCAGGAAGCGCGCGAUGCCAACGUUAAUGAGUAUCUGAAGCUGGCGGCAAACGCGGACAAGCAGCAGCUCGCUCGCAUCAAGGCGGUGUUUGAGAAGAAGAACCAGAAAAGUGCAAACACCAUUUCGCAGCUGCAGAAGAAGCUCGAGUCGUACAACAAGCGCUACAAGGAUCUACAGCAAACCCAGCAGAAGCAACAGCAGCAGCAACAGGCCCAGCAGCAGCAGCAGCAACAGGCUCAGCAGCAGCAGGCUCAGCAGCAGCACCAGCAGCAGAUGGCCGCAGCCGCCGCCGCCGCUCAACACGACGCUACCUCCUCCGGCCUGCUACAGCAAUCGGGCGGUGGCGGCCACCAUCCGACGGGAGGCGGCGGUGGAAGCCAAACACUGCCCUCGAACCUUCAGCAGCACCUGGCGACUACGGCGGGGGGCGGCGGCCCGGGCGGACCUGGUUUUCUGCAGCCGCGCGAAAUGCUGCGCGACGUGGGACAAGGGUUGCGGAAUGUCGGUGGCAACAUCCGGCACGGCGUAACCGGCUUGUCGGCGACUGUGAUAUCGAAACCGCGCAAGUUCGCGCACCUCAUCCGCAACAAGUUUGGGAGCGCGGACAACAUCAACCAGCUAACGGCCACCUGGUACACCGGCACCGGUGGUGGCACCGCCGACGGGGAACUGUCCGGGAUGGACGUGAGCGGCACCGACGGACAGCAGACGUCGACGCCAAGUGGCGGGCACCACGGGCAUCACCAUCACCAUCACCACCAGCAUCAGCACCAUCCGACCAGCACUAGCGACAGUGAAGGCCGCCGACAGGGACUCGCUCAGACGCAGCCGGCGCAAGGCACAAGGGCCGGUCAUCGGCAUCAGAGUACGGCCGGCGCUGGUGGCGGCGGCAAGUACAGCGAGCAUGACAGCGAGUGCAGUAGCGUCACCAGCGACAGUCUGCCGCUCGGUUCGGACAAACACCACCGGCUAAGCUGUAGUCAGCGCUGUGUCCACUAUAAGGCCCUGGGCGAGGUGCGGGACGAGCAACAGAAGCAGAAGGAGCGUCUCGAGCGGCUCGAGGGGCUUCAGAAGGACGUAUCGGAACUGUCGAUGUCACUGGAAAACGAACGCUACCGGGCGGACCGCCUCGAGGAGCAGAUUAACGAUCUGUCCGAGCUGCACCAGAACGAGCGCGAAAAUCUGAAGCAAGCGAUCGCCGACCUCGAGGAAAAGGUUCAGUACCAGAGCGACGAGCGGUUGCGGGACGUUAACGAGAUCCUGGAGAACUGCCAGACGCGCAUCGCCAAGAUGGAGCAACUGUCGCAGCAGCAGUACGUUACCGUGGAGGGCAUCUACAACUCGAACGCCCGGGCCGUCGUCGUGAAGCUGAUCAAUGUGGUGCUGACCGUGCUGCAAGUCAUACUGCUCCUGGUGGCGACGGCGGCCGGUAUUAUUGUGCCAUUUCUGAAAACCCGCUUCCGGGUGCUCACAACCUUAGUCUGCACGGUCAUGCUGUUCGUCAUCGUGCGCCAGUGGCCGGACGUGCGCGAAACCGGCGUGCACCUGUUACGCAUCCUGCGCAGCCAGGUUGUGAGUGAUGAUGCUGCCUAAACGACGCGGGCCGUGGUUCAAUCCUUUCCACUAUCGGGGGUUUAUUCAGAAAGAUUGUUUUAGCGAGCUCAAAAUGGAACCGCGAACACGUGUGUGCUGCUCACAGGAUGCUCGGCUAGGCUCAAGAGGAAAACUGCUCAAAAUCGAAAGACCGCUAGAGGUGGUGGUGCGUGAGUUCGCUAUGAAUAUGAAUCCAUCCACGUCCAAAACAUCACAAAACCGCACCACAGAACGUAGUGCACACAUGGAGAUGCAACAAGGAAAGGAAAAGCCAUGUGCGAAUCGGCCACCAUGCGGUCAUAUUGUAUACCGCGGGGUGUUACUAAAUUUUCGUCAACUUUUCCUAGGGAUUUCAUCUGUGGUUAUUUAAUGGUUAGAUCGUCGGCGUGGACAGGUUUUUAGCACUGAAUGUGAUUAAUGUACUGAACAGGGUGCGCAUAGAGAGGUGAAAAAUUGCAAUCAAGCUUCUUGUUCGUCCGCUAAACUAGCCUCCGGUUAAGUAGACCGUUGAUCUAGAACGAAAAUGAUCGAAGAUCACGUGUUUGACAAAUCAUAAUUGAACGCGCGGUGCGAUCGUUUCCAAAGCACGGGAGCUAAAGGAAGUAGCCGUAGUGUUGUCGUAGUAACUGCUCGUUAUACCGUCAUAGAUUGUUCGCAGUAGUCCAUGCGCUCCUCCGCAUAAACGAUCGCCGGGCAAUCGCAGAGGGUAAAGAUCGCGCGCAGCUUGCGCGAUUAGGCUUUUGAGGACAGGCGGAAGCAAACGAUGAUGCGCCCAACACAGAGUGAACACGCGCAGCCGGCGCGUCGUUGUUCCGUUACAUACGAUAAUGUUCUUAUAAUAGAGAAAGUUUUAAGGUCUCCUAUUUCUUCUACCGAUGGAAGCAAUAUUAAGUUAUUAUUAGCGAGUUUAACGGAAGCAGGGCAAAACAGUAGGGUCAGGUGGUAGAAUACAGAAGAAGCAGAACACCACCACUAACGGGAGUCAAUACGGUAAGGGGAAAUAGCAACACAAAAGGGAGGGACUGGACAUAAAUUACGUAAGAUCGGCGGGUGGGUACAUCAAAACGUGAUUGGGUUUUUUGGCGACCCAAGGCGCCAGACGGCACCAGGAGAAGCCACAGGACGAAUGGGUGGGUUGGGUAGGAGUGUAGUAUACAUAGCCAACUCUGGUAGUAUUAGUAGGACAAAAAAAUCACUGUGUAGAGACGUAAAGACGUAAGCAAAAUAAACCAACAAAAGUCGCAAACAAAGCAACCAUCGACCGAUAGCGCGGAAACGCACUCCCCGAACGCCGAAUGCACCGAAGAAGCAAUAGACGCGGCACCUGGCAAAGGCAAAAUUAGGAACGAAUUCUUUUAACGAUACACUAAAACAAAAACGUUUACUGGAGUAGAGGCACCAUACGAAUAUUUCCACUUCGAUGUUAAACACACAGCGCGCAUUGGGCCACAGCCACAAAGCCACAGGAUUGGUGGUUUCCGCGGCCAGUGAGUGAUAUUUUCGAAGCAAGAGCGCACCCUAGGAGGCCACUAGCAGCGUUCGAGCGGGGGGUUCUAUCGAAAAAAGUACCAGAGAAUUACUACCAAAACACACAUGCCUCACCAAUUAUCUCUCUAACUCUCUCUAUCUCUCUCGCUCCCUAUAGCUCUAUCCUUCUUUCACUCUUUAUAAAUGUUUCUCGCGCUAGAGAUUCGAAAAAUAAAAGGA